CUUCGGGCUUAUCGAGGCAACCUCUGAUCCAUCAUCUCAACCCUCCAACAUCUCCCCUCCAUAUCCAUACCCAUUACCACUGUCAUUAUCAUCAUCAUAAAUAACUUCCAAGUCAAGUAACCGGCUCAUAAUGCAGUCCCAGUCUCGCCCGGCGACUCAUGCUGGUUCGUGGUACUCCGACUCGCCGGAGACUGUGAGAUACCAAAUCGACUACUGGCUUUAUGAGGCCAAAAAAGAGCUAGAGGACAUCGCCAGCAGUCUGCCAAAGCGGGGGGGCCGGGUUACCGCACGUAUUAUCAUAGCUCCGCACGCGGGCUUUGCGUACUCUGGGCGAUGUGCCGCCUAUGCCUACAAAAUCUGGGAUCUGACAAAUGUUAAACGGAUCUUUGUGCUCGGACCAGCACAUCAUCAUUACUGCUCAUCGCUUGCCCUCCCCGAAUACACCGCGUAUCACACCCCGCUCGCCGCAGAGGCUCUCCCGCUCGAUGUCGAUGCCAUUGCUGAACUUCGUGCGAAAAAGGCUAUUGGCCAAGAUCAGAACCCUAUUGACUUUGCCACGUUGACUCGUGCUGAGGAUGGCGAGGAACACAGUAUUGAAAUGCAUCUACCCUUUAUCCACCGUAUGCUCCAACUCCAAUUCCCGGGCCAACCACCGUCCAAAUACCCGCCGUUGGUUCCUAUCGUGGUGGGUGCUAUUGAUGACCAGACGGAGCAAGCCUUUGGGAAUCUCCUUGCCCCGUAUCUUGGUGACAAGGACAAUGCUUUUGUCAUCAGCUCCGAUUUCUGCCAUUGGGGGACACGGUUCGAUUACACAUACUUCACUGCCGCGGCACCCAGUCCUGGGCCCCUAAUCCCUGUUUCGAAAGACCUCCCUUGGCCUGGGUUGAAGGAAGAUGAUACGACUAGGUUGAUAGAGAUCUGUCAAGGUGGCAGCCGCAGGACAAGUAGAGACGCAGAAAUCUACAACCCACCAAUUUACGCCAGUAUCUCGGCACUCGACCUUGGUGCCAUGGCAGCCAUCGCCACGGGGAGACAUGAAGAGUUCUCUAGAUACCUCCGGGAUACACGGAACACGGUGUGUGGCCGCCAUCCCAUCGGCGUGAUAAUGGCUGCUGUUGAACGUCUUGGGCUUGCGGAUACAAACCUGGGCAGAUUCCGAUUCAUCCGAUAUGACCGCAGCUCGAAUGUGCGUGUGUAUAAAGAAAGCUCCGUGAGCUAUGCCUCUGCAUUUGCUCUGUUGUAACCGAUCGCCGCCCGCUGUAGGGGGUUCUAUCUGU